GGGCAACCUUCGCAGUUCCAUUUGAUCAGCCAAAAGAGCUUCUCUCUAAAUCAGUCGUUCGAGCGACGUUGUACCGAAAAGACCUGUUCUCUUGCUCUUGUCCACAUUCGAGUUUCAGUGUUCGCAGUGUCCUCAGUCGAGGAGGUUCUUCCCAUAGUACUUUGUUGAUACCCAAGUGAUUUGCUAUUGUGAAUAUAACAAACGCGAGAUUUUUCGUGCUGCAUUUUGAUUGUGGAAGACACCCUUCGAGAUAUCAACCCUCGUGGAUAUUUUUCACCCUCGAUUUCAACUUGGAGUUGUGGUACAUCAACUUUCAAGUAAAUUACCGUCUCAAUUAAUGACUUUGUGAAAAUAACUUCAUCAAUUGAUGUGUCUGUGAAAUAUCCUGGAAAACUUCGCCAAACCCUUAGACAAUUAAUCAGUUUGAAGUGUAAAUUCUGCUGUGCAGGAAAUUGUAGAAUUGUGUGGAGUGUGAUUGUUUUGGUAAAAGUGCCAAGAAAAUUAUGAACAGUUGAGCAAAUAGUUGUUCUUGAGCGUCCCUUGAGAAAAUGACAGCCAAACGUGAAAAGGACUACGGAACGAAAACAAGUAGCAAAACAGGAUCAGAUCUCAACGCUAAUAACAAGGGUGGUUCAGUUGGUACACUACCAUCAAAUACAGCCUCAUCUUCUCCAGCAACUAUUGGGUCAUCCCCAUCAUCAGAUAACCUUAAGCGCACAAAUAAACCUCUAAUGGAGAAGCGUCGUCGAGCCAGAAUUAAUCAGAGUCUAGCUAUCCUUAAGGCUCUGAUUCUGGAAUCCACAAAGAAUAACAGCAAGAAUUCAGAAGGACAACCAAAGCAUACUAAGCUUGAGAAAGCUGACAUUCUUGAGCUAACAGUCAGGCACUUCCAGAGACAUAGGAAUCUUGAUAAUCCUGCCAUAGACAAAUACCGCUCAGGGUACACAGAUUGUGCUCGGGAAGUGGCUAGAUAUUUAGCCACUCCCGAACCACCACCACUUCCCAGUGUCCCAACAUUGACAGAUGCAGGCUCCAAGGCUAGGCUUCUGAGACAUCUGGAUCAAUGCAUUGCGGAGAUUGACACGGAAAUUUGUCCAGUAACUCAGACAAAUCCCUUACCAACAGCAACAGGUGAUGCUAAGCUGAACAACUACUUUGGAUCCAUGGAAAGUCUUAAGAAGAAUUCUGAUCCCAAUACAAUGGAUUACAGCAGCCAGGAUUCUACUAAUCCCAUUGAUUUCAGCAAGAACAGCCGUUAUGAUCUUCCUGAAGCAGAUCGCACGGCUAUGCCUGUAUUUGCUUCAUCUGUCCCACCACGGGAUAUUCAGGAUGAGAACAACAACAGGGGAAAUCGUCAAACUCCAGAUUCCAACUCCGCCCUCAAUAACAUUGAAGACAUGAUUGAAACCAACGAAAUUGCCACAACAUCCGCAUAUGGAAACUUUCAACCUGGCAAAAUUCACCCUGCAACAUCUGCCCAGAAACUGAUGGCCACCAAAGGACAGAAAUUCCCCAAAGGUCCCAAUGGGACGACAUCACCAAUCAAUGUGAUGCCAAUGGCAAAUGGAGUUAAUCCACUUGGAUUGCCCCCUGAGGGAGCUCUAAUUCCGCCUGAAGUUGCAGAAAAAGAGGGACAUGUAGAUUAUGUCAAGUCGGAGUCCAUGAAUGGUCAGUAUCAUCAGAUGAGACUUCCCGAUGGACAGAUGGUUCUCCUACUUCCUCCGCACUACGUCCAAUUGGCUGCCGCUCUUGGACUCAAUUCCCAGGCCAUGAUGGACCCCGCCGCGCUCACAGACUUUGAGAGUCUUAUUGAGUUGAACCGGAAGCAGCAACAACUCAACCCAGCUGAAGCUGCCAAUAUUCCCGAAGCCAUCUACUGGGAGCACUAUCGAAAGUCCAUGAGUCUAGCUCAUCAGAUCACAGAGAAAGCCUCAAUGGGCGAUUGCCGUAGUCUCGAAGCUCGAUCACCAGUUAAAGUGGCAGAUUCCCCACCAACCCUACAACCCCUCUCUGGUCCAGUGAGUGGCAAGGACUACGGGGAAAUGGAAGUGGAUGAUGUGGAAAAUAUUGAGGAUAAAAUCCCAAUUGCUCUCACCACUUGCAAGGUAAUUGAGAAGAAUGACGACAAACUCGACGAGAGGAAAUCACCGCAGUUUGACCAUCAGAAUCAGAAUAAUCAGAAUCUUCUCAAUGAAAACGUUGAGUCCAGAAGCUCAAAUGGAAGUGACGAUAUGUGGCGACCCUGGUAAACUUCCCAAUGUAUAAAAAAAAUAGCCCAGCAAAUUAGUAUUUAGCCCGGCAUAACCCAUAAAAUGCUUUAAAUAUAGUGCAAUAAGAUUAGAAACAAUAAUAUUAUGGAUGUUUAAUAUUUUUAAUAAAUUAAAUUUGCAUUGUCUCAUGAGGCAUAUAUAUAUAUUGCACUUUACAUUUAAAUGUGUAUCUUGAGAUAAAUGUGCCAAAAAAAAAGUCAGAUGAUAUUAAUGUACACACCCUCAACCAAUCACUGAAUUCUUUUGUUAAAUACAAGAGUUAUAUUAAAAAUAUAAUUAUGUACUUAUAAAAAAA